CCCUGUCGCACUCCACCUACAAUUCAUUCAUUUAUCCACCACAAUCCGUUUACCUUUCCCGGCGAGGCCACGCAAGGCGCCUCCCCCUUGCCGCCUCCGCCGUCACAGCCACCACAUCAAUUUUAUUUCCUCCACAACCACCCUCUGCGCUGCAAAUAUGAGGGAGGAAAGGCACAAGGAGCAUCAUCAUCACUAUCAUCAUCAUCAUCAUGAGAUGCUGUUAUCUUCCUCUUCUUCCUCCUCAUCGCCCAGCGAGUCAGACGAGGAGUUGCAACACAUGCUGUUGGCUCCACCAUUGUGGAAGGACAAGAAGAGGUUAUCGAAGCAGCUAUCGAUGUGCGAGAAGCCAAGAGACAUUGCAUGGGAAAGAAGACGAAUGCAGGAGCGGAGGAGAAGUUCCACGGUAUGUGAUGAUUUGACCGACGAGGACCUGAACGAGCUUAAAGGGUGUAUAGAACUUGGAUUCGGGUUCAACGAGGAAGACGGUCAGAGACUGUGUAACACGUUGCCCGCACUCGAUCUUUAUUUCGCUGUCAACCGCAGGUUGUCUCCUAGCCCUGUCUCCACUCCUCAGAGUCGUGCCUCUUCCCUCGGAGGUCGUUCUUCCUCGUUCGGAAGCCCUAGAAGUGACUCUGACUCUUGGAAGAUUUGUAGCCCAGGGGAUGACCCUGAACAUGUGAAGACCAAGUUAAGGCAUUGGGCUCAAGCCGUAGCAUGUUCUGUGAUGCAAUCUUCUUGAGAAAAUAAUUUGUGGGAUGUUCUGUACAGAGAGGGGACGAAACAAAAGCAGAAAAACAGAAAAAAAUAUAUGAAGAAAUUGGGAGAAAAUAAAAAAGAGACUUUGCUUAAACUUGAAUACGAUUAUUCCUUGUGAAGGGAUUUUUUGUUGGAGACUAAGUAAUUCACUUUGGUGGGUGAAUUUAGAAUUUGGUUAGAGCAGAGCGAUGGAAGCAAUUAUGACGAACCCUAAUUUCUUGAGCGAUUUUAAUUAUUCUGUUUUUUAUGUUGUAAUCCGAAAGUGUCCCUGGCAGAGCGUAUUUGAAUUCCUAUAGCUAUUUUUUGGAUGAAAUGGUAAAAAGUACAAUAAUUAAGAAUAGCAAAGUGGGUUGAGGAUCAUAGCUCUCUUGAACAUGCACUUAAGAGAUUUCACACCGAUGACAUAUAUAUGUAUUACUAGAUUAUCAGUGUUACGCCCUUUCCUUAGCUUAGGACAUCCUUUCACAUGUUGUGAUCACUUCAUUGUAAAAC